UUUAAAAAGGUUGGGCUUCUACAAUACUGUGUGCAGUGUGUGUAUUGUUUUUUGCAGUGUUCAAAAUGUAAACAUGAUUAUUUAUGUUACGUUAUACGUUUACACAUUUUAGUCUCAGAAUAAAUUUACAAUAUUAUUGAAUUUAAUUGUCAGCUUCUUAAUUUGAAGCUACAAAUAUGCUGAAAGUAUUAAAAUGGGAAGACAUAAAGAGUGGCGGGCCGUGGCUAAGAAAAUGAUGCGGAAAGCAAAACGUCAGAAGAUUGCACAAGCAAGAGAUGCUUUGUUAUCAGAAGAGCGACAGGCCCGAGAGCGCUCGCCCCGCUACCAGGCGUGGCUCUGCGAGCAGGAGGCCCUGGAGCAGUUUGAGCGGGAGGAAGGCGCGCGCCUGCAGAGGGAGAGGCACGCCCAGUGGGAGAGAGAUGAGGAACUGGCCCAGCAGGCGUGGGCCGAGCGCCAGGAGAAGAUGACCAAGGCACGCCAGGAGCGAGCCACGCAGGAGCAAAAAAUUCGAGAAAUAUGGGAGGAAGAGCAAAAGAAGCUCAAAGAGGCUGAAGAUGAGAAAAAUAAGAAGAAGGAAGAAAAGCAGCAAGCUCAGGAAGAACUUAUGAAACACAUAGAUGACUUCAUCAACAAUGGCAAACAGCUGCCUCCGUCGCUAACCCUGACGAAGGAGACCAACCCGGACAAGCCUGUCUGUCCCUUCUUCUCGAAGACAGGUGCAUGUAGGUUCGGAGACCGCUGCUCACGCAAUCACCCACGACCCGCCAUCAGCAAGGUGCUGCUCAUUGCGAACUUCUACUCCCACUUCGUCCUGAACCAGUUUGAGACGGACGAGUAUGACACAGACGUCAUGCUGGAGUACGAAGACUCCGAGAGAUACCAGCACUUUAAAGAGUUCUACAAUGAUGUGCUCCCAGAGUUUGAACAUCAUGGUCGUGUGGUUCAGUUCAAAGUGUGUCGCAACUUUGAACCCCACCUGAGGGGUAAUGUGUACGUGGAGUAUAUGAAAACUCGGGAUGCUGUGACGGCGUUCCAGAAGUUCCAGGGCCGCUGGUAUGGGGGGCGACAGCUCAGUAUAGAAUUUACGGCAGUCACAUCCUGGAAGUCUGCUAUUUGUGGCUUGUUCUUCAAGGGUCGCUGCCCCAAAGGCAAGGGCUGCAACUUCCUCCACGUGUUCCGCAACCCAGGGAAUGCGUUCGCCAGCGCGGACAACGACUACCCGCUGCACUCGUCGCAGCGCAGGCGCUCGUGGUCCAGGUCGCCCUCGCGCAGCAGCCGGCGCUCGGGCUCUCCCGGCCGCCGGGGCAGGAGGCGCAGGAGCCCCGAGAACGGCAAGGCGGGGCGCUGGUCAGAGUCCCCGGAGCGGGAAGACCGGCGCGACAGAGAGGCCGGCGAGAGACGACGCAGCAGGGAGCGCAGCUCCAGCCACCGCAAGCACAGACGGAGGCGCUCUUCGGGCGACGACCAGUCGCCCAGAGGCAGGAACCACUCCCUCUCGCGCUCGCACAGGAAGGAGAAGCGGCGGCGCUCGCGAUCCCGCUCCCUCUCCAAGUAGUCUGUGAUUGCUGCGAGUGACAUUUCUCCUGUGCUCCAGUGCGUUUCUUAUAGCAGAGCAACAACCAUCAGUUUGGUGUUUUCCGAAAAUUAAUAAAGGAUUAAGAAACAUUUAGCAUUAACUGGAGUGUAAAGAUGAUCCAUUGUAAAAGCCCUUCAAUCCAUUGUAAUGACAGAUUUAUAAUGUGCUAUUACAAUGUAUAAAGAAUUCAGUCUUUGAUUUGAAAAAAAAAAUUAAUGAAUUUUUUUAGUGUGACUUGUAAUUUUAUUUGUUACAUAGACAGAAACUUGAAAUGUUUCAGUUAUGUCCUUGCAUGUUACCUCAAUAUAUUUUAAACACUAAUGAAUUGGCACAAUAUAUACGCUUUGCACAACUAUGCUAUUUUGAAAACAUCUUUGUCAUUUGGAAUGUUAAAUCUAUAUGAUGUAAUGUAAGUACAUUCAUAAAAAAGUCCCUGAAAAACAAAUAUGAUUUUUCUCAAACAU